AUGGUCAAUCUGGAAUCAACUGUACAGGGAGGCAGAGCUGCCCUUGCCGGGCUUCGAGUGCUGGAGUUGGGUGGCAUGGUGGCGGUCCCCUACUGCGGCAAACUGCUGGCUUCGCUGGGUGCAGACGUGGUCAAGGUUGAGUCGCCGAAGACCGGCGACCCAUCGCGACGGCGCGGUCCCUUCCCCGGUGAUGUGCCCCACCAGGAGCGCAGCGGGACGUUCCUCUACCUCAACACCGGCAAACGAGGCGUCACCCUGGACAUUGAUGACCCUCAAGGCCGAGAGGUACUGCGGCAGAUGGCUGCCGAGGCAGACGUCGUUGUCCACGACUCCCCACCUUCGCUGGCACAGACUCGAGGCCUGGAGCGGGACGCAAUGGCGGCAGUCAACCCGCGCCUGAUCGUUGCGGCCAUUACUCCCUUCGGCUCAGCGGGGCCAAACGCGGACCAUGCGGCGCACGACGUCAACAUCUUCCAUGCCGGUGGCGAGGGUAACCUGCUGCCCAACGGUUUGGCGCUGGAUGCUUUCCCCGAACGUGCGCCGAUUGCGGCUGGCGCGAUGAUGGCUUCGUACCAAGGGGGGUUGACUGCCGCCGUGGGCAUACUCGGCGCCGCGAUAGCCCAAUGGGCUGACGGGACCGGGCAAGCAGUCGACUGCUCGAUGCAGGAAGCGCAACUGGCCAUCGGAUAUCUGCCCGUACAGCGGCUGGAGGCAGAGGGAUUCGCGGAGACCCGUUUCUCGCGCUUUUUCAGAAUGGGUGGCGUAAUGCCGGCUGCUGAUGGAUACGUGGAGUUACUGACACUGGAGCCGCGCCAGUGGGAAGGCCUGGCGCGACUGCUGGGAGAGCCGGAAUGGGCCUCCCCCGAAAAGUUCCGCGACCCGGCAACCCACGGCCCGGCGAUCAACGAGAACCUGCGGCAGUGGACCGCCGAGCACACCCGGGAAUGGCUGUACCGGGAGGGACAGGCAUAUGGAGCGCCCAUAGCGCCCUACCUGACGCCAUCAGAGGUAUUCCAGAGUCCCCAGCAGCGGGAGCGCGAGUUCUUUGUGGAGAUCCUGCAUCCCGAGGCCGGCAGCUAUGAAUAUACCGAUCUUCCGCUUCACAUGGGCGAAACGCCGCCCACCCUCCGGCGCGUGCCAAUGCUGGGCGAACACAACGCCGAGGUGUUUGGCGGGCUGGGG